AGUAAGCAAGUAAGCGUGAGCUCUGAAGUCACGCGAGAUUUCUCCGCGAGAUCUUUCUGUUUUCAACAUGGCAGGCAGCAAGUUGGUGCUAGAAGGGAGGAUAAGUAUUAUUAGCUUUAUCUCAGGACUGGGCGUCAAUAUAAUACCCUUACUUGUAAAUUUCGGCGCUCACAUUGACUGGGUAUUCGAUUACCUCACGGACGUGAACGGGAAAAUAGCCAUUGCGGCGUAUAUUACAGUUAUCAAUGGCUUUCUGCUAGUCAUAUACAAGGGACCUUUAUACAAGGUGGCUGUUCGAGCCUGCUUUCUUGGAUUUGCCUUUGGAUGUGGUCUCAUUUUAAGUUUUGCAGAUACAACAUGGACACAUUUUGGCUGGUAUAUGUGUUCGCUGUCAUUUUUUCACUACUCUGAGUACUUGGUUACUGCCAUCAUCAACCCACGCAGUCUGUCUCUAGACUCCUUCCUGCUCAACCAUAGUGUUGAGUACACAGUAGCAGCUAUUUCCUCCUGGAUAGAGUUCACUGUGGAAAAGCUCCUUAUUCCAGAGAUGAAGCAGAUGGACUGGCUCUGUCUGGUGGGUCUGGUGAUGGUUCUCUGUGGGGAGAGUUUGCGCAAAGCUGCCAUGUUGACAGCAGGAUCCAACUUCAACCACAUAGUACAGAAUGAGAAGGCCCAGAGCCACGUGCUGGUCACCACUGGAGUUUACGCUCUCUUCAGACAUCCUUCCUAUGUGGGCUGGUUUUACUGGAGCAUUGGCACUCAGAUAAUGCUGUGCAACCCAAUAUGUCUACUGGGAUAUACGAUCGCCAGCUGGCGCUUCUUUCGAGAGCGUAUUGAGGAAGAGGAGAUCUCGCUCAUCCAUUUCUUUGGAGAGGACUACAUUGAGUACAAGAAGGUGGUCUUCACUGGCUUGCCCUUCAUCUCAGGGAUCAGGGUUAAUUCCUAAAGCCGUACUGCAUAGAAUGGAGGAAAUAGCCUGAAAGUGCACACCUGGACACCUCUGACUGGCACUCUGAGCGAGCUAGUUGCCUGGUGGCAUCAUGUCGCGACCCCUGGGGGCGGCACAGAUAUAUGAGGUGGCAGCACAGUAAAACUGACUCGCUGAUCUGCUCUGAGACACAUCGGUCUGCUCUGAGCAGGGUGGAGCUUCCACCCUCAACACCAUCGGAGAUGCUAGUACACAAACCACAUUCGUCAGCAUCUGUCUUGUCACCUACACUUCAUCACAUUUCUGUUAUUACACUUUGUCUUACUCCUACUCA